ACAGGACACGUACCCUCUGUCCGCUUUCUGUCCAAGUCCUAAUAAAGUAUGCUUAAAAUCUGAAGAACCAAAACCGUGGACCAUCACCGCCGGUAUCCCAUCCCAAUUCCACAGAUUUGAGGUUUCCACACUCGUCAUUCCCAGUACUUAUACCACCCGAAAAUCCAAGCGAAAUCCCACCUCCCAGACCUCGAAGCCUGGAGCUCACAGGCGACGGACGCGAAGAUUCGAUUUCUGCGAUUCUUUGGAGCCCUCUUGUGCCGCCGGGUUCUUGAAAUCUUAGGCCGCGAUUUUUGUUUCCUCCCUUUCCGGCAUUGUUGGCGACCGGAGGCGCAACCGUCGAUCCUUGGAUUGAGAUAGAUUGUAUAUAAAGGCUGCAGCUCAGAUCAUUAUCAAGCAUGUCUCUCCUCUCGAAGUUACGCUUGAUCACCGUGGAUGUGACUGGUACACUGAUCGCCUACAAAGGACAUCUUGGGGAUUACUACUGUAUGGCAGCUAAGUCAGCUGGGAUGCCAUGUCCUGACUAUAACCGCAUGCAUGAGGGCUUCAAGCUUGCAUACACUGAGAUGGCAAGACAGUAUCCAUGCUUUGGAUUUGCAGCAAAGAUGCCAAACAUUGAAUGGUGGAGGACUUGUGUUAAGAACUCAUUUGUUAAGGCUGGCUAUGAUUAUGAUGAGGAGACAUUUGAGAAAAUCUUCAGGCGCAUUUAUUCUGCUUUUGGCUCCUCUGCGCCAUACUCUGCAUUUCCUGAUGCACAGCCCUUCCUGAGGUGGGCGCGGGAGAAGGGACUCACAGUUGGGAUUGUCAGCAAUGCAGAGUACCGCUACAAAGAUGUAAUCUUACCAGCUUUAGGGUUGAAUCAGGGCUCGGAAUGGGACUUUGGGGUCUUUUCAGGCGUUGUUGGUGUUGAGAAACCAGAUCCAAGAAUUUACAAGUUAGCGCUCGAGAUGGCAGGAAACAUUGCGCCAGAAGAAGCACUCCACAUAGGUGACAGCAUGCGGAAGGACUACAUCCCUGCAAGGAGCAUUGGGAUGCAAGCGCUGCUCCUGGACCGGUUCAAGACCGCUGACGCUGAGAGCUGGAGGCAGUCUGGCGCGACGGUGCUACCCGACCUGGUUGCCACUCAGGAGUGGCUCACCAAGAACCAGAAUGAGGAGCCGAAGCAUGAGACAGUAGCAGCUCAAGUGCUGAACAGAAUGUCUGAAAAGCUCAAGAUGGGGGCUUAAGCCCAGAGUUCCUUUUCAUGCGCUAGUUGUGAAUUGAAGAUCCUACAGGUGGAAGGAGACAGGUUCUUGACUGCUGGCUAAUGUAAUUAGCUUGAACUGCUGGGUGUUCUUGUAGCUGCUUCCGGGGCUUAUGCUGAUUGCUGAAUAUGACUAGCAAAUCAGUGUGUCAUGAGUCGAAGAUUUCGGGUUCUGUUUUCCAUUCUUCACCUGUGUGGAUGAAUAAAGAAGAGGAAAUGGAUUUCGAAUGUGUCGAGCUUUCUCCA